UCAGGUGAGUUUAGCCAGGGUGUAUACUGUAUAAUCUCAAAACUUCCGAGAUUAUUCUGGAACGUUCCACAAUAUUCUCGACAUCUUCCAGAUUACUCUUUACACAUCCUUGAAUUUCAGCAAAUUUCGCCUUCGAAUUAUUGCUUCUUAUUUUAAGUCUUUAUCAUCUACUCCACACUUUCCAAUAUAAACCAAUAUACCCAUUAAUCAUCCAUCAAAUUUGCAAAGAAAAAUCACGAAAAAAAAAUUAGUUGAUUACUGAAAAAUCAAGACAAAGUGAAGAAGAGGAAAAGAGAAGAAAGGGAAAAGAAAGAGGAAAUGGGUGUUGAUUAUUACAAAAUUUUAGGGGUUGAUAAAAAUGCUAAAGAUGAUGAUUUGAAGAAAGCUUAUAGAAAAUUGGCUAUGAAAUGGCAUCCUGAUAAGAACCCUAAUAAUAAAAAGGAAGCUGAGGCUAAAUUCAAGCAGAUUUCUGAAGCUUAUGAUGUUUUGAGUGAUCCCCAGAAGAAAGCUGUUUAUGAUCAAUAUGGAGAAGAAGGUCUUAAGGGUGGUGUUCCACCACCAGAUGCUGCUGGUGGGCCGGGUGGUGCAACCUUUUUCUCAACCGGAGACGGCCCCACUUCUUUCCGGUUCAGUUCUCGUAGUCCGGAAGACAUUUUUGCUGAUUUCUUCGGGUUCUCAAGUCCGUUUGGGGGUGCUGGUGGUGGUGGCGGUGGUAUGAGAGGUGCGAGGUUCGCAAGUGAUAUGUUUGGUGGGGAAGACAUUUUCAGAAGUUUUAGUGACAAUGGUGGUGGUGGUGGAGCGUCAAUGCAUUUCCAUGGCGCUCCUCGGAAGGCACCUCCGAUUGAGAACAAGUUACCCUGCAGUUUAGAGGAGCUGUAUAAAGGAACUACCAAAAAAAUGAAGAUUUCUAGAGAGAUUGCUGAUGCUAGUGGGAAAACAAUACCUGUAGAGGAGAUUCUAACAAUUGAGAUCAAACCUGGGUGGAAAAAGGGAACAAAGAUCACAUUCCCGGAGAAAGGAAACGAACAACCUGGAAUAACGCCAGCAGAUUUGGUGUUCAUAAUCGACGAGAAGCCACACAAGCUAUUCACUCGGGAUGGAAAUGAUUUGGUGAUCACCCAGAAGAUUUCAUUGGCGGAAGCUCUGACCGGUUACACCGUUCAUCUAACAACCCUUGACGGAAGGAACCUUACGAUCCCUAUAAACAACGUGAUCCAUCCGACCUAUGAAGAGAUUGUGCCGAGGGAAGGAAUGCCUUUACCGAAAGAACCCACCCGAAGGGGUAACUUGAAGAUCAAAUUCGACAUUAAGUUCCCUUCACGGUUGACUUCUGACCAAAAAGUCGGAAUUAAGAAGCUAUUAAGUCCAUGAUCGAAACUCUCGUGUUGGCCUUGUUCAUGAAUUAGAUGUAAUAUAGUUUUCGAAACGGAUUUUGGGACAGGUGGAGUUGAGAGUGUUGGUCGGUCCGAAGAUCAAAGAUCUACAAUCAAGGGAAAAUGAGAAGAAAAUUUGUGCCCAUAUUUGAGUGAUUUGGUAAUGGACAAUGGUUUUGCUUAAGUUUCACAUUGUAUGUACUAAUAUCAUUUUGAUACUUUUGAUUUAUUAUGAACAUCUACUUGCUACCAAUAAUGAUUAAACUACCAAUAAUUCUAUUUGGUGUUAUA